AUGGCUGCUGAUGGGAUGGGUGAGACUAGGCUGUUUGGGAAGGUUGGCAUGAAUAAGGGCUUGGUUUUGGGAGGAUAAGGAGAGGACGAUUAAUACUCCCGCUUCAUGGGGACUGCAGGCAUUAGCUGGAUUAUUCGUCGGGAUUUGUGGCAUUUAUUAUCAUCGGAAAUGGUACAUUCAUUCCACUGCCUUCUUCGUUGUUGUGCCUGUCAUCGGCUCUGUUACGCAGAGGGCAUGAUGUCAAGCAUCCAGAUACCUUGCUCUAACAGGAGUUCUGAACUCCUCUUGGUGGCAGGCGAUCCUGUUUAUGGGCUGGACUCAGACUGUAUUUCAAGGGACGGCUCCCUGGCGACUUUUACACGGCCGGCAACGACACCAACAACGACAGCAACUCCAACUAUAAUCGUGAAAUGAUGCUGCAUUAGAUGGAAAGGGGACGCCGGAAAGACAGAAAAAACCACUCCACCUCUUCUUGGGUGCUAACUUAAAACCGGACGAGCCCGUCGUGGAUGACCUCAACUCUUUGACGGUG